UACAUUGGUACCUUGUUAGGUAGUGGUAAUAGAAAGAACCCAUUUCCUCUUUUCCCAUCAAAAAAAAUUUCUCUCUAUAAUUUAUGACCCUACAAAACAUGAUUUUUAAGCCUCCAAAAUCCUUCAAUAACAAUAACCCAACUUAAAAAGAACAAGGAAAAAAAAAUAAAAUCUUUCAAGGAAACUCAUUGAACACAACCCCUCAUUUUAAGCACUUUUCUCUUACUCAUUCUUUUCUCUCAGAAAAAAAAGUUUUAUUCUUCUGGAAAUAGCUAAAAGAAGUGGAAUUGCAAUGAUUUUGAUCUAAAAAAAUUGAGUUCACUCUCUCACAAACAGAACACUAAAAACAGAGCAUAGAAAGAAAAAACAGGACGAAUAGAGAUGGGAGGGGUAACAUCAUCAAUGGCAGCGAAAUUUGCAUUUUUUCCACCAAACCCACCAACAUACAAGCUAGUAACAGAUGAAUUAACAGGUCUUUUGCUAUUAAGUCCAUUCCCUCACCGUGAAAAUGUUGAAAUCUUAAAAUUGCCAACUAGAAAAGGUACUGAGAUAGUUGCUAUGUAUAUAAGACAUCCUAUGGCUACUUCUACUCUUCUUUACUCUCAUGGCAACGCUGCCGAUCUGGGACAGAUGUAUGAGCUUUUCAUCGAAUUAAGCAUCCAUUUGAGGGUUAAUCUCAUGGGGUAUGACUAUUCUGGAUAUGGGCAAUCUUCUGGAAAGCCAAGUGAACAGCAUACUUAUGCAGAUAUUGAAGCUGCAUACAAGUGUCUUGAAGAAAGUUACGGUACCAAACAGGAAGAUAUAAUCCUUUAUGGACAAUCCGUUGGAAGUGGCCCCACUUUAGAUCUUGCUGCCCGAUUGCCUCAGUUACGAGCUGUUGUUCUGCAUAGUCCCAUACUCUCAGGCUUAAGAGUCAUGUAUCCCGUCAAGCGUACAUACUGGUUUGAUAUUUACAAGAAUAUUGACAAAAUUCCACUAGUUAAUUGUCCUGUUCUUAUCAUUCAUGGAACUUCAGAUGAAGUUGUUGAUUGCUCCCAUGGUAAACAACUCUGGGAACUGUGUAAAGAAAAAUAUGAACCACUCUGGCUGAAAGGAGGGAACCAUUGCGAUUUAGAACACUUUCCAGAGUAUAUCAGGCAUCUGAAGAAGUUCGUAUCGACCGUUGAGAAAUCACCUUCUCAAAGAUACAGUUCAAGGAGAAGUACAGACCAGUUUGAGCAGUCUCGGAAGAGUACUGAUAUAUUUGAGGUUUCAAGAAAAAGUACAGAUCGGAGGGAGAAACCAAGGCAUAGUACUGACAGACCUGAGAAAUUGAAAAAUCAGUCUAAUCAUGCUGAUAAGCUAGAAAAACUCAAAAAUCAGUCUAAUAAUGCCGAUAAGUUAGAAAAGUUACGGAUCUCCUUUGAUCAAAUGGAAAGGUCACGGAGAAGUGUUGAUUGCCAUGAGAAGUCCCGGAAAAGCAUUGAUCACCAACUGGAAAGAGCACGGAAAAGCGUUGACAGGUAUGAAAUGCGUUUGAUAGCUGAGAUAUUGCCCUUCAUGGUUGGAUCAGGCGUCAAAUAAUGCACUGGGUAGGGGUAAAAGCAACCAUGGUUUCCUGCCUCUGAGCAUACCCAUCUGCCGGAAGUGGCUCUUCGAAAAAGAAAUCCUACCUCUGUUCUGCCGGUCACUGAGCUGUCUACAAGCUUGUAUUUACCUGUAAUAAGAAGCAGGGAUGGUUUUCAGAUAACUGAAGUGCAUGCCAGAUAGACCCUUUUAUUUUUUACACUCUUAUUAUGUUUGUUAGGUUAGGUACAAGAAAUAAUCUACAGCCAGAAUCAAGAUGAUAUUUAUCAACUGGUAGCAGUUUAGGUUUAUUGUAAUCAUUCAGCUUGCACUCAUUUUCAGUGUACAACAUGCAUAAGUUGUUCAUAUUGCCAUUAAGAUUUUCUAAAUGAGUUGUGAUUCAGUACUGAAGAUAAUUAUAGAACACUCUCUUUCAAGCUUUAA